AUGGCUUCCGCCGGCCUGGAGAUCCUGGGGAUGAUCCUGACCGUGGCCGGGUGGCUCGGCGUGAUGGUGGCCUGCUGUUUGCCCAUGUGGAGAGUAGCGGCGUACAUAGGCCAGAACAUCGUUAUCACGCAGAUCGUGUGGGAAGGUUUGUGGAUGAGCUGCGUGGUGCAAAGCACAGGACAGAUGCACUGCCGAGUCUACGACGCCAUGCUGGGGCUUCCCGACGACCUGCAAGCUUCCCGGGCUCUCACCGUUGUAAGUACACUGCUCGGUGUGGUGGGCAUGGCUCUGGCAGUGGCUGGGGCAAAGUGCACCAACUGCACCUCAGAUACAGCAAACAAGCCGCGCAUUAUGCUGGCAGCCAGGGUGACGUUUAUAACGUGUGGGCUGCAGCUGCUAGUGGCCGUCUGUUGGACAGCUAACGGCAUCAUCCUGGAUUUCCACAACCCGCUUCUAGAGGAGACGCAAAAGAGGGAGUUUGGGAACUCACUGUACUUCGGAUGGGGCGCCUCCUGCCUGCUGAUCCUAGGUGGAGCUAUUUUGUCUUGUUCCUGCUCCUCAAAAGCACAGAACAAUGCCGCGCCGACAAGAGUGGACUACUCGGGGGUCAAAUCUAUCUCGGUGAAUGGAUAUGACAGGAGAGACUAUGUUUGA